AUGGUGCCUAUCAUUUUUCUGAGCACCUUUCUGCUUCAUUUCACUGUUUCUGUGGCUUCAAAACCGCAAUAUAUCCUAUGGGUCUCCUCUGUGAUGCAAAGUCAUUCUACAGAGCAAGCUUGUCUCCACCUUUUAAACCUUAAUGAAUCUGUAUCCUUGAGUGUUGUCUUAGAAUAUGAUGGAUCCAGUACCACCAUUUUUGACCAGUCUGUGGAAGAGGAUAACUUCUAUGCUUGUGCAAAGUUUGAGGUUUCUCACAAGUCCUUUGAAAAUUUGGCUUUUGUGACCUUGUUGGCUAAGGGAGCUACUCUUAAAAUCUUUGAGAGGAGAUCUGUAGCAUUCUCUUCAGAGGAGACAGUAACGUUUGUGCAGACAAAUAAACCCAUCUAUAAAUCUGGAGAGAAUGGUAAGUCAAUGCUUAUGUUUCCUUCAUAUGUUAAAGCUCGCAUUGUGACACUGGAUACCAAAUUCAGACCUGUCAAGGAUUUGUAUCCCUUGAUCACACUUCAGGACCCUCAAAACAAUAGGAUUUUUCAAUGGCAAAAUGUGACUUCUUCUCAAAAUAUUACCGAACUCUCGUUCCAAUUGAUCUCAGAACCAAUGGUUGGAGAUUACUCUAUUGUUGUGAAAAGGGAAUCGGGAAAGAUGUUGAUGCACCAAUUCACUGUUAAUAAAUAUGUGUUGCCCAAGUUUGAAGUUAAAGUCAGUGCACCACAAACAAUAACUAUUUCAGAUGAUGAAUUCCAAGUCAGUGCAUGUGCGAAGUACACCUUUGGACAACCUGUACAAGGAAGAGCCCAAAUCCGGGUGUGCAGAGAACUUUUUUCCUCUGGGAGUUGUGAGAACAAUGAAAUAUGUGAACAAUUUGUUGCACAGUUGAGAAAUGGUUGUGUUUCUCAAACAGUAAAUACAAAAGUCUUCCAACUCUACCGUUCUGGACUUUUCAUGUCAUUUCAUAUCACCGUAACAGUUGCAGAAACUGGGACAGGUGUGCAGAUCAGUGAAAAAUCUUCUAUUUUUAUCACUCAACUGCUUGGGAUUGUGACAUUUGAGAAUACGGACACUUUCUAUAGAAGAGGAAUUCCUUACUUGGGAACUCUUAAACUGUCCGGUCCUGAUAAUGCACCGAUGGUAAACAAGUUAUUGCAGUUGGAGCUCAAUAACAAAUUUGUAGGAAAUUACACCACGGAUGAGAAUGGGGAAGCUCAGUUUUCCAUCGACACUUCAGAUAUAUUCGAUCCAGCGUUCAGCCUAAAAGCCACGUAUAUCCGGCCCAAGAGCUGCUACCUUCCCAGCUGGUUAAUGCCAGAGUACAUGGAUGGUCAUCUCUCAGUCCAACGCUUUUACUCCCGAACCAACAGCUUCCUAAUGAUUGAACCUGAACCCAAGCAGCUUCGCUGCGAUCAACAAAAGAUUGUUACUGUGCAUUACUCCCUAAACAGGGACGCUUACAGAGAUGAGCCAAUUAACUUCUUCUAUUUGGUAAGUCUCAGUGGUGAGCUGGGAAACUGGUGGCAUUAUAUCUGCAUGACCUCUCCUGUCUACACAGCCUGGACGGGAAACUUCUCAUUCCCCAUUGAUGUCAGUGCUGACCUGGCGCCCAUGGCUGUCAUGCUUGUCUACACUGUUCACCCCAGUGGGGAAAUUGUAGCUGACAGUGUCAAAUUCCAGGUUGACAAGUGCUUUAAAAACAAGGUUAGCAUAAAGUUCUCGAAGGAGCAGGGGCUACCUGGCUCCAGGACCAGUCUCCAUCUUCAAGCAGCCCCUGACUCGGUCUGUGCACUCCGGGCUGUGGAUAGAAGUGUUCUCCUUCUGAAAUCAGACCAACAGCUGUCCGCUGAAAGGGUGUACAGUAUGCUUCCAAAUAAAGAACUAUAUGGGUAUAUCUAUCAUGGUCUCAACCUUGAUGAUAGCAAGUUAGACCCUUGCAUUCCUCAGAAGGAUAUGUUUUACAAUGGUUUGUAUUAUACACCUGUAAGCAACCAUGGGGAUGGAGACAUCUAUAAUGUUGUCAGGGAUAUGGGUCUGAAAGUCUUUACUAAUCUCCAUUACCGGAAACCAGAAGUAUGUUCCAUGGAGAGAAGGAUGCCGUUCCCCGGGCCAUUGUAUCUAGACUCAGGAGCAUACAUGCCCAUGGAUAAUGCCCCCUUGAGAACUGCAUGUGGAGGAGAGAAUUUUAACUACGUAGAACAGGCCAUAAGGGAAACAGUCAGAACGAACUUUCCAGAGACAUGGAUUUGGGACCUUGUCAGCCUCGAUUCCUCAGGUUCAGCAAAUCUGUCAUUCACCAUCCCUGAUACUAUAACCCAAUGGGAGGCAAACAGCUUCUGUGUGAAUGGUGAGGCCGGAUUUGGCGUUUCAUCAACAAUUGCUCUGGAAGUCUCCCAAUCUUUCUUUGUGGAAAUGACCUUGCCCUUUUCGAUGGUUCAAAAUGAACAAUCUGAUGUGAUUGUCAAUGUCUUCAGCCACCUGAAUACGUGCAUAGAGAUCUUUGUUCAGCUGGAAGCAUCUCAGGACUUUGAGGCAAAUCUCAGCAGCCCUAAAGACAAUGGCAGUGAGGUUAUCCAAGCUGGAGAGAGGAAGACAUAUGUCUGGACUCUCAUCCCUAAGAAACUGGGUAAAGUGAAUAUCACAGUAAUUGCUGAGUCCAAACAAAGUAGCGCUUGCCCAAAUGAAGCAAAGGAGCAGCAGAAUCUAAAUUGGAAAGAUACCGUGGUGAAAAGUUUGUUGGUAGAGCCUGAAGGUAUUGAGGAAGAGAUGACUCAGGGUUUCCUUAUCUGUACAAAAGGCACCAAAGACUCCAGGCAGGUAGAUCUGGAUUUGCCAAACAAUGUAGUAGAAGGAUCAGCCAGGGCCUUUUUCACUGUUGUGGGGGAUAUUGUAGGACUUGCAGUGCAGAAUCUGGAAAAUCUUCUCAAAAUGCCCUCCGGAGGUGGAGAGCAGAAUAUAGCCCUGCUGGCCUCUGAUACCUACAUCCUUGACUAUCUGAAAUCUACUAAUCAAUUGACAGAGGAAAUGAAAUCUAAAGCUUUCUUUUUCUUAUCUAAUGGUUAUCAAAAGUUGUCUUUCAAAAACCCUGAUGGUUCCUAUAGUGUGUUUUGGCGGUUGAAUCAGGAAGGAAGCAUAUGGCUCAGUGCCCUUACUUUUAAGACAUUAGAGGGAAUGAAGAAAUAUGUGUUCAUUGAUGAACAAGUUCCAAAAGAGACCUUGAUCUGGCUUUCAAACAAACAGAGAAGAAAUGGCUGCUUUCAAAGUGACGGCAAGAUUUUCAACAAUGCCUGGGAGGUUGGCGAUGAAGAGGACACUUUACUCACUGCCUAUAUCGUUGGUGCAUUCCUCGAAGCUGGACUCAAUUUCACUUUUCCUGCUCUACGAGAUGCCCUCUUUUGCUUGGCGGAGGCCUUGGAAAAUGGUGUCACAAAUGGCUAUAACCGGGCAAUCCUAGCUUAUGCUUUUGCAUUAGCUGGAAAAGAGGAGCAAGCAGACUCCUUACUCCAGAUCCUGGAUCAAUCUGCUACCAAAAAAAAUAAUGUGAUAUAUUGGGAAAGAGCGAAGAAACCCAAGACAGAUGCUUCCCCAUCCUUUACUCCUCUGACUCCUUCUGCUGAGACGGAAAAGACUUGCUACGUGCUAUUGGCUGUCCUUUCCCGGAAAACUCCUGACCUGACCUAUGCUAGUAAGAUCGUGCAGUGGCUUGCCCAACAGAUGAAUUCUUACGGAGGCUUCUCUUACCCCCAGGACACGGCUAUCUGCCUUCUUGCUGUGACCCGCUACAUGACAUUGACCUUCUCUGACAAUCAAAACAAUGUCACCUUUAGCAAUGAAGCAUCCAGUGAGAUUGUCCAGGUUAACAGUGACAACCGCUUACUGGUCCAGCGUUCAGAACUGCCAAGAGCAGGUGGACAAUACACAGUAGAUGUGGAGGGACAAGGUUGCACAUUCAUCCAGGCCACCCUGAAAUACAAUGUGCUUCUACCUAAGAAGGAAUCUGGAUUUUCCCUUUCCUUGGAAAUAGUAAAGAAAAACUCUUCUGAUACAUUCCAGAGUCACUUUGGCCUGACAAUAACCCUCAAAUAUACUGGAAUUCACAACAACUCCAACAUGGUCCUUGUUGAUGUAAAAAUGCUCUCAGGAUUUACUCCAGUCAUGUCAUCCAUUGAGGAGCUUGAAAGCAAUGGUCAAGUAAUGAAGAGUGAAGUCAAGAAUGACCAUGUUCUUUUCUUCCUAGAAAAUGUUUGGGGUAUAGCAAAUAGUUUCUCCUUCUCUGUUGAGCAAAGCAACCGUGUGUCCAACAUUCAGCCAGCACCUGUCAUGGUCUAUGAUUAUUAUGAAAAAGAUGAAUAUGCCCUUGCUUCUUACAACAUCAACAGUGUCUCAGUUUCCCAGUGAAACCAAAGUAUGUGAAAGGGUUUAAAAUAGAAAUAGAAAACUAUUUACUUUGAACAAACUCCCUCUUCUGUAUCAAACCUGGAAGAAAACCAUGAACCACCUCAAGUUCUGAAUAGCCUGCAAUCUGCCAUGACGUCUUAUCAGAUUUUGUUUCUUUUCUAUUCCAUUAAACCCUCUUAUUCUGCA